AUGCCAGUUGCCAAGAUUUUGAACUUAUGGGAUCGUACUGUCGCGCUGACUACGAUGCUUGCUGUCUCUAUAAUUGGUCUUAUCCUGAUGGCAUGCUGCAAUGAUAUUACCACCUAUUGUGUGGCUCAGGCAUUUAUCACCGUCGGUUUUACCGGUCUCAUUUUCUGCAUAGACGUCUUGACUGCCGAUACAUCCACUGUGCGAGACCGAGCCCUUGCGUUUGCUUUCACCUCAUCUCCAUACAUCAUCAUGUCUUUUGCAGGAGCCCCGCUCUCUGACUCCUUUAACAAAUCCAAUUGGCGCUGGGCGUAUGGCACGAUUGCAAUUCUUCUACCUACCGUCACUGUUCCGCUUAUCGUUAUUUGGAGAUUCGCCAGAAAGAAAGCCCAGCAGAAAGAAGCACUGUUCCCUGUCACUGAGAAGCGCUCCUGGUUCGAGAGUAUUAAGUAUUAUAUCAUUGAGUUUGAUAUGAUUGGUAUCUUGCUCCUCAUCGCUGGCUUAUCGCUCUUUCUAUUGGCAUUCGUGCUUGCAGGCUCCCAAGAAGGUUAUGUAACAGCUAUUGGAAACCUGAUCUCUCCUCUCUGGCUGAUUGGGGUUGGCUGGCUAGUCCGUAUUACCGGCCAUCUUAAGUGGUUACUGCUGUGUGCGAUUCCAGUUUACAUGCUUGCUGUUGGUUUGAUGAUCCAUUUCCGAAGUCCUGGCCACAGUAUCGGUUUUAUUUGCCUGUGUGAGGUGCUUAUCGGCUUGGGCAGUGGUACUAUCGUUGCUCUUGAACAGACAGCAGUUCUAGCAGCCUCAGAGCAUAAUGACUAUGCAUCAAUGCUAGCGCUACUAGGGCUCUGCGGAAAUAUUGGUGGCGCUAUUGGGAACAGCAUCUCCGGCGCAAUCUGGACAAACACCUUGCCCAACAAACUCAGGGAAUUUUUACCAGACGAGACAAGACCGAGAUGGAACGAGAUAUAUGAGUCACUAACCGUGCAGCUGAGCUUCGAGGUUGGAUCAGCAACUCGUAUUUCUGUUCAACGCGCAUAUGCCAUUAGCCAGCGGAAUAUGCUGAUUGCAGGAAUCUCAAUCAUGGCAGUGACAAUUGCGUGGGUGCUCUUGAUCAAAGACAUUCGGGUCAAAGGAAUGAACAAUAUGAAAGGACGACUGUUCUGA